AUAGACUUGGGUGGCUCGGACUUCGGUAAUCCGUCUACGGCCAGUACAAAUAUCAGCCCUCGCAGCUUCUACAGACCCAUCGAACAGCUCUUUUGUUGUACGACUACCAACUCACGAUCUAACUUCAACUGACCAAGUUUCUCUGCAAUACUCAUCACAAGACUCAUCAUGAUCUCAUUCACGACUUUCCUCCUUACUCUCCUAGCUCUCUUCAACCUCUCCCUCUCUGCUCACGAAGACGUUUUCGUUCCUCCUGUCCUGUACCCGCGUUUUAACACGGUCUGGAUCGUUGGUCAAUAUCACAAUGUUACCUGGGACACCGAUGAUGCACCUGUACACAUCAGCAACAAGAUCGGCCAGGUAUAUCUAGCAGCCAACUACAUCAUUGAUAUGGACCAUCCUUUGGCAACGGGCUUCAACAUUUUGGAUGGUCGCGUUGUCAUCCAUGUACCGAAGGUGACUCCGGGUUCGCAUUACUCAAUUGUCCUCAUGGGUGACUCAGGCAAUUACAGCCCACAAUUUACCAUCCGCAGUCAUUGAUUGGAUGUCCUACCAUAACCACGCGACGAACAUCUAAUUAUAAUGUUGCACGUGGAGGGCGUGCAGGUGCAAUCGUGCUUCCUGUAGUGAAACUCACAGUUGUUUGCAUUACCGAAGGCGCGAGUCCUGUUUCAAAUUUUGAGAACAGAUGACAGUACUUACAAUAUCUCGC